AUGCGUCUCCCAACCGGCGGCUUUGAAUUGCGCGCGGCGACGCGAGGACGCGCGGAAACGCUCCGGCGCGGGCGGUCGCGGCGACGAUUCGCGGCGGCGGCGCGGCGACGACUGGCGUCGCGACCGUCCGGGCGAACCGCCGGCGACGACGCGGGGCGCACGAACGGGCAAAGACACGCCCGCCCCUCGGAAGUGGCGAGGGACGACCGCGACUGGCCGAGGACCUUUUUGAGCGUCGCGAGUAACGCCCCCGUGGCAUCCGAUGUGGCAGCCGUGAAGCGCUGUGCGUCACUCAAACGGGUAUCAACGCGGUUUGUCCCAUUUGCCCAUAGGAAAGAGGGGAUAUUCCCAACAAAAGAUAUUUCCCCAUUUUGGGUCGGUUGCACAGUUCGCCGGUCGGAAACGUAUGAGGGUAGCUGGAAAAUUUUUGCGCCUCCGAUCGUGCACCAGCCAGAGCUCGCUCGGAGGGUCACUCACACCCGGAAGUGGGCUCGAGGGGCCGAGCGGGGGUCACGAACGGCGAUGUCGGCGCUCGCGACGCUUCUGGCGCUCCUCACCCUACCCGUCCUCUGCGACGCGCAGUUCAACCUGCGCCCCGUCAUCGAGCCGUUAAGCAAGUGGCCGUGCUCCGACUGGACGUGGCAGAACUGCCCGCAGCCCAUCCCGGUGGGGGGCCUGAGCGGCAAGGAGUGGUACGAGCUGACGCGAUGGAACGACAGGACGUACGGCGGCACCUUCGGCGUCGACGGCAAGACACCCGGACUGGACGUGAACGUCACCAGCGCGCAGGAGCUGUACGACGCCCUGGAGGACAGGCGCGUGGCGCGAAUCAACGUGACGAAAUCCUUCUCCCUCGAGUUUGUCCCGUCCUCCACGUACUACGACGACGCGUUCGACGACAUCACCGGCGGCGAGGGAGGUGAGGCGGGCGGGACGACCAGGGUCGAACCCUUCCGGUGGCCCGUGGUCGGGUACCCGAUCUCCAGGGACGUCACCGUGCGCGCGGGGCCGCAGUGUCUGGAGACGACGGAGGGACACUGUACAAUCGACGUCGCGAGAGCCACGCUCUUCGUCGUGCUCGAGGACGGCGAACUUACCAUGGCGGACCUUCGCCUGAGGCGCGGGGGCGGACGACUCGGUGGGUUCAUGUUCAUGAAGGGAGGCAGCAGGGGGGACUUUAACAACGUGCACUUCCUCGAGGGGCAAUACUUUCCAGACGCGGGAAAAGAGCCAACCGCGCACGGCGGCGCGGUGAUGAUCGCCAACGCCGAUCGAACGAAAAAGGAACUCGUACCGCCGGUGGACCCGGAUACCGGCGCCGUCAACAAAGACGCGGGCUCGUACAGGGACGUGCCCGUGCCGGGCAACAUCACGUUCACCAAGUGCGUCUUCGCAGAUAACCAGGUGACCAACGGCAACGCGGGCGCGGCUUGGGUCAAGACCCGGCCGGGGAGCUCCGGGUGGGUCAUCUUCGACGAGUGCGUGUUCAGCAGGAACCAGGCACCUAACGGGUGGGGGGGCGCGGCGUGGAGUGGGAGCGGCCGCGUCAUCUUCGCCGCGUGCCAGUUCAUUGAUAACGCGGCGAUGGGGGGCGGAGCGCUUCAGAUGGUCGAAGGAGGUUUGAUCGGAGGUUCGAGGUUCGCGGGGAACAGGGCCACGGAGCGCGCGGGGGGCGCCGUCUUCUUCUACGGCCACGGCAACGGUCUGGUCCAGGAGUGCGAGUUCGAGCGGAACAGCGCGGUGACGGAAGCCGGGGCGGUUUUCGUGUACGGCCGGGCGAUAUUCUACAAGAACGAGUUCGCGCAGAACGCGGUGGUGAACGGCUUGUGGAAGGACGUGUACAUCUGCACAGACGGCGACUGCAAGGGGUACCCGGACGCCACGAGGGCGUUCUACGACCCGCCGUACGAGCCGUUCGCGGAGCUGUACCCGCGCCCACCGGUGCUGUAG